AUGGGUUUGAUAGAAGGUAAUGCGAAAGAUAUAUUCAGUGGACUCAGUGCUGACUCCAUUUCUGACAUAUCCAUAGCAGAUCGAAUGGAGCUUCUUCAACAAACCCGUAGCUACGCCUAUCACGCCAAGGCAGCUUCCUACUUAGUGUCCCCCAUCCUGCCCUCGGGAUCUUCCUCCACUGCCUUUGAGCCAAACCUGAUAAGACGUUCUACAUCCUACAUCAUAACGCGUUCCGGCCAUCUGGAAAACAACGUCGACCACUGGAUGACGGACACUGAAGAUGAAGCAUUAAGGCUUAGACGAGAUGCGACUGUGCUCUUGCAACAGGCAAGCUUAGCGCAAAAUAAUGGAGUCCUGUCGAGUUUUUGGUACAUGUUAGCAUUCCUGCCUCUGUGCAACUUCCAGCGACAGGGAUGGUGCAGCCCAAGAAAUUCAUUCCUGGUCAUAUUGAAUAGUGUAGAUAUUUUCACUGCGUGGCUGAAACAGAUGAUUUCCAAUUUACGAACACAACUGUCAGAAGUGGAUAUCGAUCAGUUACUCCACGAUUGUUUCGUUGUGGGAAUGGACAUUAUCCUGACUCUGCAAACGUUUGCAUUUUUAAUGCUUUCCUUCUACCAGGCAUCUUUAUGAAAAACUUACUUCACU